UGGUUAAUUAACGAUUGAUUUAUUGUAGUUGUAUGUGUAUUUAAUGCGCUCUUUUCGACUCUGGAGAGCUUUUAAGAUAGCACAAAAAACAUAUUUUUGUGAAUGGAAAAAUCUCACGCGUGGGAAGAAUUUAGACGUAAAAGAAGCACACGCGAGUUUAAGCGACUUGUGAUUGGUCAAUGGAUUUGCAGCGGCGGUAUUUUAGAGUGAAAUUGUGAAUGUGAAACACUCCGUCUCGGUUCAUGGAGACAACGAAAUUAAUGGUUAUGUAAAUGCAAAGAAACUUAUGGAAAUGCGAAGUAAAAAAGUAACAAAUAGCCAUUGAAGAUAAGGCAUUCAUGAAGGAGUGGUGUGCGAACGAGAAUCCUCAUGACUUGAUAACAAUUUAACAAUGCCAAUAAAACGGAAUCUUUUAAAUGGAAUUCCUUCGAGUCAAACCGAGAGUAUUAGCAACCAGUAUUGGGAUUCUCUGUAACUAAGAAUCAUAGAGCGGAUUGCCAUAACAUUCGAUAGAUCUACUUAAUCAUUUAAUGUAUCGUUACAGGGCCGCAGUGACCAGUUGAUCUUACACCACGCUAUUGGACGGAUGGACAUUGGUUAGCAAACAACAUUUGGCGCCCGCAGCAGAAACAGUUUGAAAAACUUAGCGAAAAAUAUAGAUGCGCGGGAUUUAAUCUAAAAUUUAAAUUAAUUUUAUUUUUGAAGCAAGACUUUCGAUAUUAGUGCACAUGCUUACUUUUACAUAGACACGAAGGUUUAAGCAACUGCAACAAAAACGUCUGUGUCAAGUUAACAACAUAAAAAGGUGGCACAUAAUUAAAUGUUAAGUGACCUACAUUCUUAAGACCACGCCAUAUUUGCUGAACAGAGGCGUUUUAAUUUGCAUUACAAUAAAAUUUUGUACGAGAAAAAUAACACUGUUUGAUCCAAAGUUGCGCAAGUAUUCCUUGAGAUUAUAAGAAUAAUGACACAUUUAGAAAGUGAACAGUGUUAAACAGUGAUGAAUGACUUUGAUAUACAAUGUGACACCGUAUAGAUAUCUGACGUGUAGUUUAUACUUUAAAAUUUAUCUCGGAAUGUCGCGUUUAAGUUUAAUUUGGUUGAUAGCGCUUUUGCUUCAAACGUACUGUAAUAGACACGUACUUGCACAGGAUAUAUCACAAAUCCAACCUACUAUAGAGAAAGAGAGACAAAUUGUACGGAUUCGAAACAAAAUUUUAAAAGAAUUAGUAAACAAUGGUGCAAAGAUAUUACGUUCAGAAACGUUUAAUCGCGUGGAACAAACAAGUGAAGAUGUGACGCUUGAUAAUGAGGACAUAAAUAAAGACUUUAAAAAUGAAAUAAAGAAAGGUCCAGUCCCAUCAGGGACGUCUAAAGUAAUGGUGACCCCCGGCGAACCAUAUCCUCAUUCAAAGGAUAAAUGCCUCGCUUUCCACCUUGAAAAAUAUAUCACAAAUGUAGACCAGAUCUAUCCGAAAAAAAUUAAUUUAUGGAUACAUUUACGGAAACGAGGAAAUAAAAGAAAUAAAAAGAAAAAACUUGACAAAGCAGCCCGAGCUAUGUCUCCGGAACAUCAACGGAAUAAUGAUAAAAAUAGUUUGGAUAAGAAGAAGGGAAGAAAAAAGAAAAAUAGAAAGAGAAGACAAGGCAGACGAAUCAAGAUUUUUAUAUCUGACGGUAAAAAGACACUGGUAAAAAUGAGGAUGAGAAUAACUAAAACAAAAUGGUACAAAAUUGAACUGCCAAUAUCACAGUUUCCAGAUGUUAUAAGUGUGAACGACAGCUUUAAACUUUGCUUUAAAUGCAAACGAUGCAGUAAAAAGGUAAAAAUGGACUUGUACAGGAAAGGCAAUGAUGGAGCACGGGAAUUACCCUCUCGAGGCCAGGCUCCUGAAAAAAACACGGAUCAGCCUACAAUUCCAUUCAUUCAUUUUGAAGAGCCACCACGAUCUCAAAUAUAUAAACGAUCCAUUGACGUCAUUAAAAGAUCCAGUGAUGUCAUAAACAAUAAACACCGGCAUGGUCAUGCCGUGCGUUCCAGAUUUUCUCAAAAUAAAAACGCGUGCUGUUCUGAAGAAAUCUAUAGGGAAGAAAUUUCCAAGGUGUUUCCAAGCAUUUUAUAUCCAGAAUCUAUAAACAUAAGCUUAUGUUUGGGAAUCACUGACUCGCUGUUAGACCAACCGUUACUAUCUCAAAGUAAUUCAAGUCAUAGACUGCUAGCUGGUAUACAGUGUGAACCACAUAAGUAUGAAACAUUUAAUUUUGUAUAUGUUAACAACCAAUUUAAAAUGCGUCAUGCCAGCAUUCAAGAUUUAAUACCUGUUGGAUGCUCUUGCCGUUAUAUAACGUAAUUUUCACUAUGUUUCCAUAUAAUUUAAAUCGUCUCUUAGCUCUUUUUUUAUAUAAAAUACCAAUAUUAUAAACGUUCAUUUCAUUACGGUCAAUUAUUAAUGUUCUACGUUUUAUUUUAUCUCUAUAUAUUGUUAUGUAAUAUCAUUUGUAUAUAAGUAUACAAGUUAGUUUUGAAGUGCAUACAAUUUGUAAUAAUUAAAGUAAAGAGAAUUUAGUUCACAGAUGAAAGUUGUUAGCAGUCAAUUUUCCUGGGGAUUUUUUCAUGCAUCUGUCAAUAUUUUUACAACAGAUAUGACUCAGGCUUUCAGCAAAUUAGCAAAUAUUUAAGAUUAGUAUUAUACAGAUUUAAAUGACAGUUAAAUUAAAUUUUAAUCAAGGGUUAUACUUACGAAUACAUUUAACUUUUUUGGUGUUAUUUACUUAUCAGAACUUUUUAGAUUAUAUUAAAGUACAUAUACUCGCCAAUUUUAUUCACUUUUACACAAUAUUUGUGAGUAUCAUCAUAUGAAAAGAAACUUAAAAUUUGUAGUUGUUUCAAUAUAUAUAUAUUGCAUGUUAUAAUCAAACGUCGGUCUAUUGGCGUCAUAAUAGUCAAUACGGUAGAAAAACGGGUAUCAUUUAUAAAACAUAGAUCUGAAAAGAAUUCACUAGCUAACUGCAUAAACGUGUAAUUUAUUUGUCCAUUAUACAUUAUGCAUCUCAUUGAAGAAACAAUAAUUGAACUUUGAUAUUUUUAACAACGUUACACAUAAUAGUAGACCCCUUAUUGUUUGCCGAGAGAUGACAGCUUAUAUUCUUUAUUUAUUCAGUAUUAUUUCUAUAUGUACAUUUGUUUAUUUUAGGCGGCUCUAACUUAUUUUUAAUAUUAUCAUAUAAUUAAAGGAAAAUUCAAAUCAAUGACAAUGAUUUAACAAUUGAAGCCAUUGUGUGAAUGAUACAAGAAUUUCUUUCCUUGUAUUAUGAUAAGCUAAGCUUAAUAUUUUCCUAACACUCUUGAUGAUCCAAUACCUUGUGUGAAUGAUACAAUAUAGAACAACUUUUACUUCCAUUCUUGAUAGGCCAAUGUAACUGUUUUCAUAGAACAAUAUUAUUUUAAAUAAAGCAACUCAAACAUACAUUAUCUACUUCUUUCUGCCCGUGUAUGUAUCAUCAAGCUGAAUGUGGCACUGAUGAAGUUAAUUUGUCAUUUGUUUUUAUGUUAUUGCAAAAAUAAAGUAAUGUUUGCAAUUUUUCAGAUAUUAAUGAUACAUUCUGGCGUAGAAAUUCAGUGAUCAAUUUCACUAUAUAAAAAGCCAGCAUUUCAAACAUUCGGUGUCGAUAUUUGUGAGGAAAAUGCACUGCCCCAUUGUGUUUCUUAAAACAGCUUUUAUGAUAUAAAAUCAUUCCUUUUAUUAUUGGACAAAUUAGAUCAGUCACAUAUUUUUAAGAAGUAUUUUUAAAUAACGUCUUUGUAUUUGUUAUUGAAUGGAUGGUCAGUAUUUAUCACUUACCUCUAAUGCUACAUUGUUUACAUUUAUUUUCUUUAUUAUAGAUAAUUUAGUAAACAAUUAUCAAAAUUGUUUCCAGCGCAAUUAUGCGACACAAACACUAAAACAUAUACUAUAUUGUUAGCCUUUUACCACCCAUCGUUAAUAUUUUGUAUGAACAGAAAUUUGAACAUCAAGAAAAGAUGUUAAAACGUUUUGAAUUCAUUUUAUCAUUUUAUUAAAACAGUGAAAUAAAUAGUAAAAUUUUAAAGAAAUACCUAUAUAUAGAACAAUUUUAUUUGUAGAUGUAUUAACAUGUUGUUAACAAAAAUUUUACUGUUGUAAAUUACUUAAUUGUCAAAACGUUGCGAUUAUUAUGUAUGAUUACACUUGAAGAAAAUACGUUUAGUUUAAUUUGCUUCUGUUUCCAAGCAUGACAUUUAUGCCUUAAAUAUAUAUUACUUAGGAAAUGUUCAGCUUUCACCCGAUGUAAUUGGUGUGUUCCAAGCCAAUGAGAUAUUAAUAGUUCAAUGAAUGCCUAUCAAGAAAAAUAAA